AUGUGCGGCUUUAUUUUUGUCUGCCAGCUGGUCUUACCCGGAGGUGUCUACAAUAAGAAAGAUACGGAGGUGUCAGAGAACGUGGUUAGAAGCUGCGAUCGUUGUCAAUCAAUCGACCCGUCACCAAAUAUUCACGAAUUAGGAGAGAUCCAAGUAGACACCAAUUGGACCAGAUUAUCUAUCGAUGGGACGCAUUAUAGAGGGGAAAUGUACCUGACUAUAGUUGAUUGUGGCCCUGGCCGGUUCGCCAUUUGGAGGGAGAUUCGAGCAGCAACAGCAGACAUCAUUGCGAAGGAGCUGGAGGAAAUUUUUUUCGAGCGUGGACCAGUUGAAGUACUCAUGGACAAUGGGGCAGCGUUCCGUUCGGAAGUUUUUCGGUCAAUGUUGGAUAAGUGGAACACUAGGCAAUAUUAUAGAGCAGCGUACAGGCCUAGUGGAAAUGCUAUUCAGCAUUUCAAAUAUCUUUCAUUGUAUUGUACAGGUAAAGCAGCUCGAGAUAUGUUUUUUAAAGUUUUGGCUGCUGAGGAACCAACUAUAAGAGUACUCAACUAUGCUCCAGGACCUUUAGAUACAGACAUGCAAACUUGUCUUCGUGAAAAUCUUGGUGAUGCAGAGAACAGAGCCAUGAUAAAAGAAAUGGCAGACCAAGGCAAACUGGUGAAAUGUGAGGAUACUGUACAGAAACUAAUUCAUAUCCUGUGCAAGAAUACUUUUACUAGUGGGCUAACUUCCCAAAGUCAUUCGAUCACCACUCUUCGAGACUCCACUCACUUCACUCUUCGCUACUGCCUUCCCUCUGUGACGCCAGCACUCCUGCAGCAUCCAGCACUCCUGCAGCUUCCAGCUCGCUCCUGCAGCCUUCAGCUCAUUCCUGCACCUUCCAGCACUCCUGCAGCAUCCAGCUCAUUCCUGCACCUUCCAGCACUCCUGCAGCCUUCAGCUCACUCUUACAGCUUCCAGCUCACUCCUGCAGUUUACAGCUCACCCCUGCGGCGCUUUACUGACGUCCCGCGACCUAUUCCAGCACCCGCUGACGACCUUAUCCAGUGCCCACUGACGUCUAGCGCCCGUUAUCGUCCGGACACCGUUCAAACGACCUCUGUCUUUUUUACCACCGUUUGCAAAUAA